AUGGGAAUAAUACUCUACUUGUUAUUUUAUUAUUUGUUGGUGAUCCAUGCACUAUCUCAAAUAUCAUUAUAUGCAAAAUUUUUAAAGGAAAUUCUCUCUAAGAAGAGAAGACUGGAGGAUUAUGAGACUAUUGCUUUGAUAGAGGAAUGUAGCGCCAUCCUACAAAACAAGAUACCUCCAAAGCUAAAAGAUCCUGCAAGCUUCUCCAUACCUUGCCUCAUUGAUAAUAUGAACAUAGACAAGGCCCUCUGUGAUCUUGGUGUUAGUGUGAGCCUAAUGUCCCUGUCCAUAUGCCAAAAGCUGAAUGUUGGAGAACUUAGACCAACCACUAUCUCAUUACAAUUAGCAGAUAGAUCUAUUAAAUAUCUAGUUGGUAUCUUGGAGAACAUCCCUAUCAAGGUAGGAAAAUUUUUUAUUCCUAUAGAUUUUGUAGUCCUGGAGAUAGAAGAAGAUGUUCAAAUUUUCAUAAUAUUGGGAAAGCCAUUCUUAGAAAUCGUCGAAGCUAUUAUAGAUGUCAAAAAUAGGCGGUUAACUCUCAAAUUGGGAGAUAAAAAAGUGAAAUUUAACCUGUUCAGAGCAAUGAAGCAUAAAUCUAAAUCUAAUGAAUGUUUAAAGGUUGAUAUCACAGACAAGCUUAUAGAGGAGAAAUUUUAA